AUGACGGAAAUUACAUUAGAUGGCAUUGCCAUCGACAUUCACAGACUAGAUAUAGCAAUUAUAAACCAAGAUAGUUAUCUCAGAGAUAACAUUACAUCCUCACUAACACAAAUAUGUGUUCAGGAAUUCACGCUCAAAUCAAGCUACUUGCUGCUAAUUUACAUGAACGCCCUGUACAGCAGUGCUUGGAAUCGAUGUAUCAAAAACAUUGAUUUGUCAGACAAUCCGUUAAGUGGCCAGAUGUUUGCGAUGUUACAGAUUCUAAGGCUCAAACAUUUAGAACGUGUGUUUAUGUCGGACACGUUUCGGUCUUGUUUUAACUUGCAACCGUUUUGGGAACAUCCGGAUUAUGCAACUGUGCCAAUUACACUGCGGCAAUUAGCUGUAGAAAAGAUUGAUUUUAAAUCAGACAGAUAUACGCCUCAGUAUCGUACAAUGCCAAAUCAUGGUCUGAGCAAUACUUUAAAUGAGGAGUGUGCUACUAUUUCAGGCAAGUUGUCUGCAUCGCUUAAAUAUGUUCAUGUUCGAAGAAUGUUUGACAAAAACAGCCUCAAUAUCAAAAUAGAUUUUAUAGACGGUUAUAACAUAACCUAUUUAGAUAUAUCAGAGUGCGGACUAUCAAAAUUUAACUGUCCUAUUUUGGGGCUAGAAAAUCUUCGAACUGUUAUCUUGUCAGCCAAUGAUUUAAGCCAACUUCCAGAGACUAUCUUCGACGCUACUCCGUUGUUAGAAAGACUUGCCACGUCGACAUGUAAGCUACAAAACUCAAUGAUAAUCAACAAAGGAAACAGAUAUUUUAGCGCUUUAAACCAUUUGCGUUGGAUUGACCUCUCAUCUAAUGCAUUAUAUUUUAUAGCACCAAACACUUUUAUGUAUAACCCGUAUUUAACAGCAGUGAGUUUUGCGAAUAACAGAUUUCAAAACAUCCCAGUUGAUUUGUCUUACACGCCCCAGCUCGUGAUACUUGACAUGAGCUACAAUUCACUGACAACAAUCCAUAAACCUACUCGUGAUAAACUAGAUGAUUUGGUCUACAGAAACGGAUACUUUAAACUUAAUCUGGAUGGCAACAUCUUCUCCUGCCAUUGUGAGAACAUCCAGUUCCUGACCUGGCUACAGAACACACUCGUGACUUUAGACAACAACAGGAACUACACGUGCAUGGACAAAGACGGGUACCAGAAGCCAACUGACUACACAAACGGUGUUUUUAUCGGCUACGCUGACCAAGAUUACAAGUUCACCUGUGACUUGCUAUUGCCUUAUGUUGAAACAACUCUCGGCCUGAAGGCUUUUGUACGUGACCGUGACCUUUUACCUUCGAGUGACGUGGCGCGGGGACUUGUAGAGGCCGUCAACUCCAGCUGGAGAAUUAUCUUGGUAUUCAACGAAAACUACCUCAGAGCAGACGACUGGAUGUGGUUUACCAUCAGGUGCGCCAUCUACUCCCAGACACCUGCCAACCCGUCUAGAAUCGUCGUCAUGGUCCACAAACAACACCUGCAUCAUUUACCUGACGAGCUGCUCAGUGCUGUGUUGGACGAGAACGUCAUCAUGGUCUCCACGUGGGAGUUGGAUUACGUCAUUAGACAAAAACUUAGAACUCUUUUACUACAGCCAUAUUAA